GCCCGACAACGCCGGCACUUCCGCUUCCGGCGACCACUGCUUCCGGCGGCGGAGGGAGGAGGAGGGGGUGGCUGCGCCAUGAGUUUUCUCAAGCGGUUCCCGCCGCCGGCUGAUGGUGUCCGCCAUCGGCAGCCCGACACGGAAGCGGUGCUGGCGGGGCGCAGCCUGGGCGCCGGCACGCUCUACAUCGCCGAGAGCCGUCUGUCAUGGCUGGAAAACUCAGGAGUUGGCUUCUCCUUGGAUUAUCCCACCAUAAGCUUACAUGCUGUCUCCAGGGACCUGAAUGCGUACCCCUGGGAGCACCUGUACGUCAUGGUGAAUGCCAGGUUUGAAGAGGAGGAGACGAAGGAGGCCCCCAUGGCUGAAGGGGAGGAGGAAGACAGCGAUGACGAUGUCGAACCAAUUGCAGAAUUCAGAUUCGUACCCGGCGACAAAUCGGCCCUGGAAGCCAUGUUUUCAGCAAUGUGUGAAUGCCAAGCUCUGCACCCGGACCCAGAAGAUGAGGAUUCAGACAAUGACUACGAAGGCGACGAGUACGAUGUUGAGGCCCGCGAGCUGGAACAGGGUGACAUCCCCAGCUUUUACACGUACGAGGAAGGACUGUCGCAUCUAACGGCAGAAGGUCAGGCCACACUGGAGAGGUUAGAGGGCAUGUUGGCCCAGUCUGUCAGCAGUCAGUACAACAUGGCCGGGGUGAGAACAGAAGACUCCAUAAGGGAGUUUGAAGAUGGGAUGGAGGUGGACAUUGCACCAACAGUUGCAGGGCAGUUUGAAGAUGCAGAAGUUGAUCACUGAGGAGGACGUAUGCUGCUAUUCUUCUUGUGGCACUUCCAGAGUAAGCUGUAGAACUGAAGGCGUUGCAGUGACUGUUGGCAGUUAAUCUUUAAUGGCUCAAGCUCAGACAUCAAGGUCUAUAAAUGCUUUUAUAUAUGUUUAAAAAGGGUUUGACAUUUGUGACCACUAUGGGGUUAUUUAAAAAUAAAAAAAAAAAAAGCAAAACAAAUGAAUUCUCUCCCAUCUAA